CAUUUUGAUCCUGAUGCUUUGGUAGUUGUACUUUAUUAAACCUUUGAAUGUGUGUAGAGUAAUUUCACAGGGUGGUAUUAGUACUUUAACUGAGUGGUUUAACUGUAUGAAUACUUCUUCCACCACUGUACUUAUCAUCCAUAAUGGUAGCCUGUUCUUGGCAUUCCAGCCUUUAUAUUAUAUCUUCAGAUUGCACCCUGGGCAGUUUUGCAUACAGACCCGUUAUGUAAAUUUUUUUUAUCAUUUUCUGUCACCACUACCAACCUUGUGUGUGAAAAGUCAAAUAGUAGCAUAACAUAGGAAAGGGGAGAGGACUUUAUAUUCUGUCGGAUGAUUGAAGAUGAUGUUGAGCUAUGCUCGACUCUCUUGCAGCCACAGCGCCACCUGCUGCACCACAGAGAAUGUGCGUUUUUCUCUUAUUAUCUCUGACUUCAUGCAGCAUUGAACCUUGCCAAUGAGUCAGCGUCAAGGCAGAGCUGCAGGUCAAUAGUCCCUCAUGAUUAUCAAUGCAUUUCUCAUUUCUCACCCGAGGAAGCAAACUGCAUUAGACGUCUUGAUUUUGUAACCUGGGGGUUAAUUUGUGUCUAAACGCGCCAUGGAUCAGUUUCGUGGUUUAUUUGCUAAAUUGGAUCAAAACGAGGAUGGAUACAUAUCAGUAUCAGAGCUCCACGAUGAAAUGAGGAAACAUGGGAUCCUCUCAGCGGAUGGAAAGGUCCAGAAUAUCAUUGAUUCUUAUGACAAAAACAAAGAUGGCCUGCUGGAUUAUAAAGAGUUCCUCAGCUACAUGAUGGACAGAGAGAAGAAGUGGAAAAUUUACUUUCAUGACCUUGACAAGAACAAGUGUGGAGUGAUUGACCAGGAGGACAUCAUAUGUUUGUUUAAGGAGUUAGGAGUGGUCAUAUCAAAGCCGAAUGCAAAAAAAAUAAUUCAAAUGAUGGAUAAGGACAGCUCGAUGACAGUGGACUGGGGUGAAUUCCUGCACCAUGUCAUCCUCAACCCUGUGGACAGCAUCGGGGAGCUGGUGUCAUCCUGGAAACACAAUCUGGUUUUUGAUGUGGGUGAGAGUCGUGCUAUGCCCAUUGAGUUCCCUGAAGAGGCGUCAGGUUUUGGUGCAUGGAGGACGUUUGUUCUUGCAGCAGGUCUGGCAGACGCUGUAUCCAGAACUGUGACAGCACCCAUCGACCGCCUGAAGACCCAACUGCAGGUUCAUGGAUCCAAAGCGUUCUCUCAAGGCUUUCAGGAGAUGAGGGCAGGUGGUCUGCGCUCCAUGUGGCAGGGCAACGCCGUCAACGUGCUGAAAGGAACUCCUCAGUCAACGCUCCAGUGUCUUAUUUACGCCCAGAUGAAGGUGUACACGCAGAACAGAACCCAGGAGAGUCUGACGGUGCAGCAUCGUUUCGGGUUGGGUUGUGUGUCCGGUGCUGUCGCUCACGCAGCCUUCUACCCUUUAGAGGUGCUGAAGGUGAGGUUGAACCUGCAGCAGGCUGGAACCUACCAUGGUGUUGCUGCAUGCGCUCAAUCUAUUUACAGACACGAGUCGUUGUCGUCUUUUUACAGAGGAUUCAAGCCGAGCAUCCUCUGCAUGAUCCCCUACGCAGGUGUGGAGUGUGCAGUUCAUCAGUCAAUCAUGAACUGGGCAAAGAGCGAUCCAGCCUACAACAGUGACUCCAAACUGUUUUUCUUCAGUUUUGUGGCCUUUGCUUCUGGACAAAUGACCAGUUACCCCCUGGCAGUGAUCCGGACUCAGCAGCAAGCUCAAGCUUUCAGCUCAGAGUCACGCCCAGCUUCAGGCGUAUUACAAGGACUCAUCGGGAUAUAUGAAAGACGAGGAAUUAGAGGAUAUUAUAACGGAAUGGGAGCCAGCUUUGUCCGAGCUAUUCCAUGUGCUCUGAUAAACUACACUUUAACUAGAAAAUUUGAAAAUCUGGUUUCCUCGAUGGAGUCUUGAGAUUUGGCAAAGAGGUUUCUUACAUUGGACCACAAAGAAAAUAAAAACUGUGAACUCUCAUUAAUGUUUGAAUGUCCAAAAAUAACUGGAAUCCUGGAAAAACUGCAAAAAUUGUGAUUUACUUUUUAAUACUCUUUUUUCUUAAAAAAAAAAGUGAAAUAAACUGUUUACCACUAAUCGAGAGCAU